GGGUGAUUCGGGAGGAAAUGGAAAGAUUUUAAGGACAUGUCUAGGAAGCUAAAAUAAGCAAAAUAAGCCCAUAUGUUCAAAUCCGAUUUUCAUUUGUUUCCGAGAUAAUUAGGUUUUUCUUUUUAAAAAGUUAAUCAAGUUAUGUUUGACAACGUUAUCCUAUAUGACAAUUUGAAACAAAAUGUUAAUUAAAGUGAUAGUUGUAAUUGUUACGAAAUAAUAAAAAUGCCUCACAUUUUCAGUCAUAGAGAAUAUGCAGAUAUGGUGUUUGUUUAUGGUUUUUGUAAUGGUAAUACUGUUCGUUCAGUAGAAGAGUAUCGACGUCGUUUUCCGAAUCGAAGAAUUCCUAAUAGGCAAGUGUUUCAAACUGUUUUUACACGUGCUGGCGAAAGUGGAAUGUUCCCAAGUGCAAGCAUUGUUUCUGAAAAACAGCAAGGGCUCAGUUUGGAACAUGAAGAAAAUAUUCUGGAUGUUGUAGAAAAUAAUCCAGGGAUAAGUACAAGGCGCAUGGCAAUACAAUUUGAAAUUCCACAAACAAUGGUUUGGAAAACAUUAAAGCGGCAAGGCUUAAACGCUUUUCAUUUGCAGAAAGUACAAAAUCUCCAAGAAGGCGAUUAUCCAUUAAGACUACAAUUUUGUCAAUGGAUUCGUGAAAACAGAAGAUUACUUAAAUGCAUAUUAUUUUCUGAUGAAGCUCAAUUUACUCGAGAUGGAAUUAACAAUUACCAUAAUAAUCAUCGAUGGUCGGACGAAAAUCCCCAUGCCACGCAAGAACACAAUUUCCAACAUCGGUUUAGUAUUAAUGAAGACCAUUUAGAGGAAAUAUUGGACGAUGUACCUUUGAAUAUUCGACAACGUAUGAUCUUCCAACAUGAUGGAGCACCCCCUCAUUAUUCAAAUAAUGUGAGGAAUUUUCUAAAUACGCAUUUCGGCGAUCGCUGGAUUGGCAGAGGAGGCCCGCACCCUUGGCCACCGAGAUCACCGGACCUCACUCCCCUAGAUUUUUGUCUUUGGGGAUGGAUGAAGUCCUUAGUUUAUGCUAGGAAAGUGGACACAAGGGAUGCGCUACUAGAUCGUAUUCUUAAUGCUGCGGCGUUCAUUAGAGCGAAUCAUCGUUCACUGAAACUGGCUACCAGGUCCAUUUAUAAACGCGCAAAUAAGUGUAUCGAAGUGGGUGGUGGAGUUUUCGAAAAUUUAAUGUGAAUUAAUGCUACUUGUUUUUUUGGUUUGUUAGUUUAGUAAUAAAUUUUGCUUUAAUUUUGAAAUUAUUAUUGUUCAAAAUAUCUCAAACAAAUGAAAAUCGGAUUUGAACAUAUGGGCUUAUUUUGCUUAUUUUAGCUUCCUAGACAUGUCCUUAAAAUCUUUCCAUUUCCUCCCGAAUCACCC